ACGACGACGACGACGACGACGACGACGACGACGACGACGACGACGUUGACGGUGAUGUUGACGUCGAGAAAAGAAACGUCGAACGAGCGUGCCUUGGAACGUGAAGAGAAAAAAUAACAGGAACAGGUACGAAAGGAACAAGAGAAUUUUGAAAGUUCAUUCAAGAGAAGAGAACGUGUGCCAAUCGAUGAGACAACAGAGUCUUCCUUUCCGAUCGUUUCGAAUGAUCGUUCUUAAACGAUCGAUUGUGAUUUAAAAUCGUGAUUCUACUGCCAAAAGAGGAGACUUUCAAAGUUGAGAGAGAGAGAGAGAGAGAGAGAGAUGCCAAGCUGUUAGAUUAGUUUAGAGAGCUCGCAUAACUUGGAAGUCUUCCCGAAGAAGCGUCGUUGCUGAUUCGAAUUUAAGAAGAAUUAAUCUCUUCUAAUUCGUCAUUAACAUUGACAUCGAGGAGUAUCGUUUAUAUGGCAAUGCGGUACCAUCAUCGUCGAACUUUAUCGCGCAGUUAUUUUUCGUGCUACACAGAGUGGAAAUUGGAGGAAUAAUAGCGAGGAUGUUCGGGAAGGUGCCAUCCAGUAUCAAUUCGAACGCAGGCCCUGGACCACCCCAUCAAAAUCCUACGAGUAAUAAAGUCCCUUACGUCAGGCCAACGACUGGGACGACGUGCCUUUCGUGUUACGAAGUACCAACUGUUCAAUCUAGUACUUCCGAUGAGAAGGCAAAGUCUUGGUGUCCGGUGUUAUCCGAGUCAUUGCCGUGUAAUCCCUCGCAAGAUCGUUCCUUACCCCUAUCCACUUCGUCCUCCGUUACGGAGAUAAACGGAGCUACGAGAAACGAGCAACAAGCUACGUUCUCGACAAACAGGAACCUGCAAUCCAGCAAUAAAUCCUCUUCUUCCAUCAAGGACUCUACAAGGAUCCACAGAUGUUCUUCCAAUCCCAAUUGCCCUGGUCUGUCGAGUACAACUACGAAAACUUCUAUUGGUUGUCUCUCGCCGAGAUCCCAAAGGAUUGCCAUCAGCUCUUCGAAUCUCGAGUCAAAACUGACGAGAAAACACUCUGUCGGUAGUCGAGAAUUUGCAACUGGCAGAGAGUUGUCUUCGUGCAAGUCUAACUUCAGAGACUUUGUUCAAUCGAAAAACAACGAUGCUACCUCUGAAAGCGUCGACGAAGUUCCGGGCGUCGUCGAGGAGUUUGUCGAUCCUUCGACGAUCCUGACGAGCGCUACUUCGACCGUUCAUCAAACACGAGUCACACAAAAAUCCGCGUCUAGGUCGAACUCGACGGGUGACAAUUCUUGUUGCUUUGAAAGAACGACGGAAAGAGGCGAGCCCAAGGAUCAUUAUCAUCAUCAUCAACAUCAUCAUCACCAUCAUCAUCAUCGCAGCAAUCUUGCCCGAACACCAGCCGAACUUUUGCAACAAAAUUGCAUCGACUUUGUCAUUCAGGAUUUACCGACUGAAUUGCAAUCCUCGCCGAGAAGUUACAAGGAUCGUGAAAAAACUCGUGACACUUGGAGACCAACCGAGAUGGAGGGAAAUUUGUGCGGACUGAACUCUUGCUCCGGUGACUCCUUCCAAGAUGGUACCUCCACCAAGAGGAGAACCGGUGCAUCCUGUCAAGCCCUAAGGCACGCCGUUGCUUCCUUGAAUCGUCUCGAUGACUUUUACAUGGAGAAAAUUGGCGCUGGUUUCUUUUCCGAGGUCUACAAGGUUACACACAAGGUAACUGGUCAGGUGAUGGUCCUAAAAAUGAAUCAACUGCCUGCGAAUAGGCCGAACAUGUUGAAGGAGGUUCAACUUAUGAACAAACUCAGCCAUCCAAACAUACUCAGGUUUAUGGGAGUCUGCGUUCACGAGGGUCAACUACAUGCCUUGACGGAAUACAUAAACGGUGGUAGCCUGGAGCAAUUGAUAAUGUCACGGCAUACACCGUUGCCCCACCUGAUACGCAUGAAUCUUGCAAGAGAUGUCGCACGUGGAAUGGCCUAUUUGCACAGCCGCGGCCUCUUUCAUCGCGAUCUAACUUCAAAGAACGUCCUCAUUAAGAAGGACGAGAAUACGAUGGAGAUGACUGCUGUGGUCGGUGAUUUUGGAUUAGCAGCUAAGAUACCAGAUCCUAGUUCGGGUUAUAGACUGAGCACAGUAGGCAGUCCUUAUUGGAUGUCACCGGAAUGUUUGAAGGGUCAAUGGUACGAUCACAGAUCAGACGUUUUCUCAUUUGGUAUCGUCGUUUGCGAGUUGAUCGGUCGCGUUCCUGCUGAUCCAGACGUUCUACCACGCUCAGAUAACUUUGGCCUCGAUUAUCUGGCCGUGGCGGAGAUCUGUGCGGCUGCCGACCCACCACCUGCCUUCUUGCAGCUAGCCUUCGAUUGCUGUACCUACGAGCCUAAAUCGAGGCCAACUUUCCCAGAGAUCAUGUCCAGUCUUGACAGCAUGAUCGGUAAUUACGAGGAGGAAUCUAAAAGCAAUAUAAGUAAUAGGCAAUCGGCCGAUCCAGCUCUAAUGUCGAGCAUGGAUGAAAUCGUUCGAGAAGGUCGUACGAUGCGACGUAGGACAGCUCGACUUAGAAGUCAAUCCGCUGAUGCCAGAGGUUGCGAUAACGCGACGCCAUCGGACAAAGCUAGAUGUCAUUCAUCGAGAAGAGUAGCUGAGCUGGCUAGCCGAAGAGAUCCACAUUAUAGACCUAUGACAGCAAAUCCAUUUCACGCGUUGGGCGGCGUUAAGAAGAUCUUGGGGGACCUUUUUUCCAGUUGUUUGGAGUUACCAUCGCUCGAAGAUGUUAGGCCGAGCGUUACCGACGGCGUUAGUAAAUUCAAACCGGCGCAGAAUGAUAGUAUCGCCAAAAUCCUGGAUAGGAAGAAGCCUAAUUCGGAACCUAGCAGUCCUACGGCGAGAAAGAAAUGGGAAAGGAAGGUGGCUACGAAAGUCGGCGCGGCUAGUCUUUUCGCUCAUCCUCUCUUCCGAGAUGGCUGGGAACCAAGAAGACGAGGUAGCUGCGAAUCAGGUUUCUGGAGUUGCGUCGGGGAAGACCUCAGCCCUGAGCCACCGAAUCGUCGACACACGUCGACCCUUAGCAGCUCUGCUGCCAGUAGUCUUUUCCUGCUGGACGAUCAUAGAACCAGUUCGAUAUACACGGAUUCUUCCGAAGAUAUAGCCAGUCUAGGCGGUGGAGAUUCUUCUUGUUGGGAGGAUAGACUGAGCGGGAUUGGAUCGUCUAGUAAAACAAUUUCAAAGAUAGUCGAGUAUUUUGAGAGGAAACAGGCAACGGCAGGUAGUCUGAGACUUUGCGAUCACGAUUCGGUUGCUCCUAGUAGGAUGAGCUUGUUGAGAGCAAGCUUGGAGGGUCCAGUUCCAUUGUGUAGUAUUUCGGCAGCUCAGAGGCUAGUCGUGUGCGAGGGAGCUGUUCGCAGCAAAUUGCCUCUUUUCGAUAAGAAAUGAUCGAAUCUGUUAAAACGUGGGACCUUUGUUACUUAGAGUUUCUUAUUUUUCAAAGAUACUUCCAUGAUAUAUAUAUAUAUGUAUAUAUAUAUAUAUAUACCAUAUUUAGAGGAGGGAAUUUUUCAAAUAGUUGAGCACGCUCUGUUGCGCAUAAUAGGUGUCACUGAAUAUGAUUAAGGAAACGAAAAAACGAGAAAUAUCCUAGUGUGACGUAUGCUUAUAUCGUGUCACACUAAUAAAUCUAGGAACCCGACUGUGAUGUUUUUGAUAAUCUACAUAAAAACACCGCGAACGUGAUCACUCAAGUUUCAUUACAAAGAAGAAUAUCGAUAGUGUCGGAGAUCUCUUAUGCGCAACACUAGGCUCGUUUCUAAACUCUUUUGAUUAUGUAUGGUAUGUCUGUUUCCCGUUCGGAUAGAUCGAUAAUAUUUUCGUCAUUUAUUUAAACAAAAUUACAAAUGAUGGCCUAAUUUUUUUCCUCAAAAUUUCGUUCAUUCGAAAAUUGAUGCGAUUUUGGUAAUAUUUUCUAGUAUCGUUUAUUCAUAGUAAACCUUAGACGCACACUAAUCAACUAUGAAUAUAAUAGAAUUAUGCGUUUGCAAAACAUUUGCAUGUUUGACCAGACGUACAGUAUAUACAUAUCCAUAUUCGUGCACCGAUCGAGGAAAGAAAGGAUAAAGCAAUAGAAACGUUAUCUUGAAAUAAUAGAGAUCAGUGCGAGAGGAAGGAGGAGCACUGUUCACGCCCUUAUCUUUUUGCAGUGCCUCGCAGUUCCUAGUAUAUAUCCAUUUCCGUCCUUCCGCACGUAUGUAGAUCCAGACAGUUUGAACCUUUAGGAAAAAGGACGAUAACACCGGAUCGGUGAUUGAGCUUCCUAGAUCACGUAUAUGAUUGAUCAUUAAAUCGCCUAGAUCGAUUGAAAGGAUCGAAAGAGGGAUCGCAUUAGGAGUCUCUGCGAGCUUUAUUUAACUCCUCGUCGUUCUUCUUCAAGAAGAAGGAACGAUUCUUCGAACAAACGAAAAAGAAGAGAAAUUUUACAAUGUAUAUACAUUAUAUGUAUAUAUAUAUAUAUAUAUAUAUAUACAUAUAUAUAUAUACAUACAUACAUACACACAAAUAGAUAGACGAUCGCGUGUUUCUUCGAUUUUCAAAAAGAACUUCGCCAGGGCCUAAGUUCUUCUAAGUACUUCCGCGGAUGAGCCUCAGUAAAAAGAUUCGUCGAAAUUCGACGAAAAUCGAUAGCUGAGACUCGUCGAUCUUUUUGUGCCCGAUCGUUAAAGUAGUAAGAUAUAUCCGUAGAUUAGUAUACUCAGGACGAGAGAAAGGAAGAUAUAUAUAUAUAUACAUAUGUGUGUGUGUGUAUAUAUAUAUAUAUGUGUAUAUAUAUAUAUAUAUACUAUAUUUUGUUGGCGGGAAAAUCCGUGUCCUGAAUAUUUUUGUUGAGAGGUGAAAAGAGGACGAAUGAAUGAAAACGAGUGAAUGAAUCGUUUACGAAAGAAAGAAAAAAAAACAUAUGAAACUGAUCUAGUCAGUGUAAUUAAAUGUGGCGGCCUUAUCUUUUGUACGUCGUAAUGGUUAAAUCGAAGAGAAACUUAGGGCAUUAGAAAUUCGAUAGAUAAGGAGCAUAGGAUGUAAGAGUGAUCUUUUCUUUUUUUUUUCUUCUUUCUCUUUCGAUACGGAUUAUUUAUACGAGAAUACAAAGAGUGAGAGUGAGAGAGAGAGAGCGAAUUAGAAUGCAGGUCAUAUGCGGUGGUCCUUGGUUGCGUCCAAUGAAAAGCAUCCGCGUUGAUUACAAUAGUGCAGCUGUGAAAUCGCUUAAACGUUCAAUCGUUUCGUCGCGCUACUUCUUAUAGGACGAGUCGAACCAAAUUUUUUUAAAUAGAAUCGAUAGACUAUAUACACACACACACACACACACACACACACAUGCAUAUAUAUGCACACACGAUAAAACAAACAUGCGUAAACAUAAACACGUUUUUACUUAUUCAAGUUCGUUCACGGGUUUUACCUGAUAAGACUGCGCGUUUGUUAAAUAUUGUUUGUAAACGAGAGAUAGAGCGAAUGAGCGAGUGAAAAUAGUAGGUUGAAUUUUUGUCUCUCGAUAUUCGCAGUCUCUUCCUCGACCAGUGGACUGCAACGAUCUUGCAGAAUUUCCUUCAUUUCCUUUCUUGCUUCUUUUCCUUCCUUCUUUAUAUCUUUCCUUCUUUGUUUAUGUCGUUGAUGUUUUUGUUUACACGACGCGUCAAUCGGUACCUGAAGAAUCGAGACGAAUGGACUGCGAACGUGUUAGGUUUUUAUUAUUAAUUGUGCGGACAUAUCGGGAAUGGACAUAUCCUGAAAUUCUCGUUCAUCGUAAAAAAAAUGGAUUGUAAAAAUAGGAACGAGUAUUUGUAUGUAUGUGUGUAUGUAUAAAAGAAAGAAUGAAGAGAGUAUCGGUGGUCCGAGAGACGCAUUUCUCAAGAAAAAGAAAAGAAAAAGGGUUAUUUAUUUUAAGUAAAAACAUAGAAUACGUAUAAAUCUCGUUACAAAACACAGACAUUUUUACGACGAGUGAUGAAAAGGCGUUACAAAAGUUUUUCGACGAACGUCCGUCGAGUAUGAAUGUGCGAUGAUAUGAAAAUGAAAGAAAAAAAAGUCGAGUAAACAAUGAGAAAUGGUGUGGUGAGACGAAGAUAAUAAUAGUUAUAACAAUUAAUCGGUAAUAAGUGAAAGAGAGAAUUUUGGUGGAGCUCUAUAUAGAUAAACUAUAUUAUAUUGUAAAGAUUCCUAUAUACAAGAGUAAUAAAACUAAGGACUCCCAAUUUUUACCAAAAGAAAAGAAAAUAGAAGAAAAGGAAAGAAAGUAAGACAAACAAAUAACUUUUAUAGCCUUUCUCUAAAGCCAUCGAGUAUCGUCGACCUGGUCGUUUAAACUUUUCUUUUCAUUGAUGAACGAUAAAGAGUUAACAAAAAAUGUAAUGAAAAACGUAGUCUUAGAAAGGGAGAGAGAAAAAAAGUAGAACAACAAUAUCCCUGUGGAUUGUCUUGCAAAUAUUCUUUUUAUCAGAAUAAAGGUUCUCGAAGUGGUCACGACGAGGCCUUGGUCGUUUUAUCGAUCGUUUGGCAGACUAGUAGCUAAUCACUUUUGAAGAAAUAUAAUGAACAAGUUGGUGAUAAUCAAUCUAUGAAUGUUCGCAUAUCUCGACUUUCGAACGCAAGUUUAUAAAAUUAUGGAAAGGACCAAUUAGUUGUCUUCUUCUCGCGUAUGGAAAUAAUACAAAUAUAAUAAUUUCUAUAAUGAUACACGCAAGAAGCGAAUGGAAUAUGAUCGAUGAACGCGUCUAGUGUGCCAUUUGAAAAAAAAAAAAAAAAAAGAAAAAAAGAAAAGAAAAAAAAAUAAAUAAAUAACAAUAAUAAUAAAAAAAAAAAAAAAAAUAAAUUUGCUCUCUUUCGAUAAAAAAAUUAUUAUUAAUCGGCACUUGCGUUCAUUUUAACAUCAACAAGUACGUAUUUGAACGAGCGUGAACGAGCGUUUAACGCUCGAAUUUAACAUCUUAGGUAUAGUUUAGGAUCGUAAUAAUCUAGUUAUGGCCGAAUGAUAGAUCAUCAACGAUCUCUUUCGAUGGACGUUAUGGAUCUACCGAUGUCCUCCUCGGGAAUCAACGGUAUGUACCUCGUUCUUGGGUCCUUUCUUCUCUCGUAAGCGUAAGGAAAGAUCAUCGUUCUCCUUGGGAAUGUUUUAGGUUCCCUCUUCUUGUCCAAAGUCGACCUUGGAAUCUUCUGUAUGUGCGACGUGUAAACCAUUGGGCUACUCGUUGAGCGAGACUCAGCAAUCUCAUUUGCGCUGGUCGACGGAAAAAAAUCGCUCGAAUUUUCAAAAUCUAUCAAUGGUAUGAACCUACGUUCGUCAUUCGUUUGAUCGUCGGACGUUGAUCUUUCAGUAAUUAUUAUAGAAUCCUCAGAAUCCGUCGAAGAACUCGUAGAUCCUAAAAGAUCCUCUUUAACAGGAUUAUCCGUCGAUUGGCGUAUAUUCUCUGUUAUCGGUACCCAAUCGUUUAAUAAUUUUUUCGUCGAAGCAACCAUCUCUUGAUCCUUCUCGUCAAAAGAUCGAGACAGGUUAGAGUUUCUCCGAGAUAUCGCGGCAUCCGGUUCCUUGAUCGGCACCCACUCGUUACCUUCAUUUCUUUUUACGGUUACGUUAAUAUCCUCUUUAUUUUCUAUGCCAUUCAGUGAGCUCGUUUGAUCAAUGACAAUACCAUCCCCGUCCUUCUCUUCACUCUUUUCGACGCCCUCUUUUUGUAUAUCCAAUUGUUUUGCAUGUUGGUCCCUCGAUCUUACUGUACUUUCGACAAACUCUUUGUUAUCCAUCCUAUCGCCCAACGGUGGAAAGUAUUUAGGUUCCUCUAGACGUGGUAAACCACCCACAAAACUAGGUGUAUAUUGUGAAAUCAAUGGCAACAACGUUUGCCUGGCAUAUUUCUCGGCUUGUGCAAGUAUUCCGGCUAAUCUUUCUGGUAAAAACUGUACGGUGAAGCCUCUGGUAGACGUCGACGAGGUCUCUUGAAUCUCGUCGUCUUGUCUGUCUUCGUCCGAGGAAAUAUUAGUUAGGUUCUGUCUCAUCGAGCGUGGUCUCAAAAUUGGUUCGGUGAUCUCAGACAAUUUUAGAGAUCUUCCAGAUUCUUUCUUGUUAGAACGUAACACGGGUUCUCGAAUUUCUGGCAAGUAUUGUUUCGUUGUGACGUCUUCAGCGGUGAUCUCGGUGAAUGGCGAAACUCGUUCGAUAAAAUUCGAGCCGGAAAAACUUCUUCCACCUUCGGUUUCGCUAUUAUCCAAAGAAUUAGACUCGGCGUCGUUCGAAAUAUCAACGAUUUUCCAAGAAUUGUCAGGAGGAUCGUCAGAGUUCUCAUAUUCGUUGGAUCCUUCGAUCGAUCUAAGAUUUUGUUCCUUCGUGAACGGACCAACGCCCUUCGAGUUAGGUUUCUUCCUCGAUGUGAACUCAUUAGAAUAAGCAUUUCUAAUAUCAUAAUUCUGAUCCUUCGUGAAAGGACCUAUACCGCCUUGUCUGUCUUGAACCAUGCGUUCCAAUGGAACUAUCAUAGGACUUGUAAUGUUUUCUCCUUCAACAGGUACUUCACAAUCACCUGGGUAGAGCGGUAGAUGACUGGCUCGUCCAGACUCAAGGAUUAAACCUUUUUUACAUAUCGAUAAUGUUUUACCGAAGCUAUCGACCAACGCUACCUUGUCUAUACUCCAAGUAACCAGGCCUGACGAUAACCAUCCACUGUACGCUGUAUAUUUGAUCUGUCGAAAGUUCGUAUAUGAAAACUUGCUAAUACUUAUCACGUUAGAAUAUGAUUAUAUUGAAAAGAUUACGGCUAUACCUCGAUGGAUUCUAUGUUAGUUACCGCCGGAUGAGGAACAACGAUCUUUUGAAGCGUAACUCCCACUAGAAGUUCUUCAUCUUUUCGUGUCAUGGCAAAGCUCUCGUUGAAGGAUCCCUCGCCGAUCAGAGUUAUCUGAAUGGGUUAAUUAAUUUCUCAUUAAUUACAGAUAAAGCUGACCUCUGGCUGGCAAUUUGUCGCUGUAAUAACCCAUGUCACCGCAAGGCCUGUCUUCGCCAUUAAAGUUGCAAGGAAAACAAUCACCCUUUAGAAGACCAUCGUAGCCACGAGGACAGGGGAACGCAGGAAAACGGCAUUUUGGACUGACGGAAUCGGUGAAGAGCUUGUAAGCACGCCGAUGAUUGCAGAGAGAUCUACCUUCAACCGGGGCAGCUGAUCAAAAAAUAUUAAUUUCAUCGUAAGAGAUCAGUCGAAUUAGAAGCGCUUGUUCAACAACAAAUGGAGUGGAAUCGUACGAGCACCGUCAUUUAUCGAAUAAAUUAAACGACGAAUAA